AAUAGGGUUGGAGGAGGAUGUGUCACGAAGGAGGCCAGUCAUUGUGAAAAGCCAAGUUGAUUAGCUCAACAUAGAGAAGGGUAAGUGGAUGGAUUCACAUCGAGCGCAAAGAAAUCCACAAUUUAGAAUGAUUGUAAAAGAUGUGUUAUAGCAAUUAGCAAAUGUAAUCACAUUUUGAAUAGGAGUUCUUUGUUUCAACUUCAAUUGUCGGUGAACAAAAAAGUGUACUAGCUAGUCUUAUUGUCAUACAGAAUUUCCACAAAUGUUGGUUAUCAAAGGUUGAUAGAGAAGAUAUGUCCGCAUUAAGUUUUUAAUAGUGGAUCACUCGUUGGUGAACAAGACGCGUACAAAAGGAUAGUCGAGACAAGUGAGAAAUGGGCAGACUGAAACUAUCUCCAAUAAAACUGUUAGGGUUAUCCUUAAAAAAAACCCACAUUAUAGUUUGGGUCGGUUCAAAUAUAUUACACACACAUAUGAAAUUAAUGAAGUCGUUCUCUAAUAGAAAAAACCGACCACUCUCUUUGGUCACUUGUCCUCACUAAAAAUCCUAUCACGUAACUAUAAUGAAGUGAUUAAGUACCAUACAUGAAACUCUUCUAACAACUCGAGUUAUUAAGAUUAGUUGGUCUGUGAUACGGUAUCAGAGUUGGGUUUUCAUUGACGUCACAUGUUCAAUCCUCACGACCCCUAAUAUUAAUUGUUGUAUUAAAACACAUUGUAUACGAGGUAUCUAAUUUUUUCGUUUCAGAAAGCGUAUUUAAAAAAGUGUUUAAGUACCAUACUUAACCUCUCUCAACGAUUUGAAUUAUCUGAUACUAAUGGUUUUAGACAGUAAAAAGAAGAAGGUAGAGUGAUGAUGGUGGAAGGAAAAGAGUAGACAAUAAAGUCUAAUAGGAAGAUGCUCUUGCUAGCCAUGGCCCAUGAUGGUUAACAAGCUGAAGAGCAGUCACCAAACAAGAACAAAACCCAUAUAAAAAGAAGCCCACUAGGUGAGAAAAGAAAUGUAUCCUUAAAUUCUCUCAGCAAAAAAACAGAGAUGAGAGACCCACUGAACAAUAAUAAUAAUCAUCAGCAAAAGAAAGGCCAUCAACCAUCCAAGUCUCACCCAAUAGCAGAUAAGGGCAAAAGAUAAGGUCCAUGCCAUUCAUCUUCACAAAAUCACUCACUCCCCCAAUAAAAAAAAUAAAAAUAAACCUUUUUCUCAUUUUAUUUCAAAAGAACCACACAGAUCCAUCCAUUCUGGUUUAUAAGGCCACGCUUUUCAGUUCUACUAAUCCCCAACUUCCUCAUUUACCCACCGUGCAGCCAAACAAACAACCAUGGCCACCACCGCGGCAGCCACCGCCACCGUCGCCGCCUCCCGAUUCACCGCCGGGGCCCGAACCCGGAGGCCCAACUUCGUCCAGGCCCGGUUCGGAUUCAGCUUCGGGAAGAAGAAGGCGGCCCCACAGCCCAAGAAGAAGCCCGCAGUCCCGGCAGGGGACAGGCUGGUCUGGUUCCCGCGGGCGAACCCGCCGGAGUGGCUGGACGGGACGAUGGUGGGCGACCGCGGGUUCGACCCGCUGGGCCUGGCCAAGCCGGCCGAGUACCUGCAGUUCGACUUCGACUCGCUGGACCAGAACCUGGCCAAGAAUCUGGCCGGGGACAUUAUAGGAGUGAGGACGGAGGCCGCGGAUGUGAAGCCGACGCCGUUUCAGCCAUACGACGAGGUUUUCGGGAUCCAGCGGUUUAGGGAGUGCGAGCUCAUCCACGGGAGGUGGGCCAUGCUUGGCACACUCGGCGCCAUCGCCGUCGAGGCCCUCACCGGCGUCUCCUGGCAAGAUGCCGGCAAGGUGGAGCUGUUGGAAGGGGCGUCGUACCUGGGGCAGCCGCUGCCGUUCUCGCUGACGACGCUGAUCUGGAUCGAGGCUCUGGUCAUCGGCUACAUCGAGUUCCAGCGGAACGCCGAGCUCGACCCGGAGAAGCGGCUCUACCCGGGCGGGUACUUCGACCCGCUGGGCCUGGCGUCCGACCCGGAGAAGAAGGAGAGCCUCCAGCUGGCCGAGAUCAAGCACUCCAGGCUCGCCAUGGUGGCGUUCCUCAUCUUCGCCCUCCAGGCUGCUUACACCGGCAAAGGCCCAAUCAGCUUCGUCGCCACCUUCGGCCAGUGAUCUCCGGCCAAGCCCAAUUAAUAUUGCACCGUUUGCACGCAGUCAAAAAAAGACCAAAGCUAGUUGAGUUAAUUAUAUAUUAAAAAAAAAAGAAUGUAAACCGAAAUUUUAAAAGUACUACUACUGCCUGUGGACAGUGAGAUACAGUAAUUAAAUUAACUACUGCAUAUGAUUAACUUCUCGUGCGUUUACUGAUUUAAUUUACUGCAGAUCGAAGAGAUAUAUGUUAAGAAAAGGUCGUGGAAGUUGCGUAUGUAUGUGACGUGGGAAUAUUCACAUUUUGAUUCGUUCUUCUCAGCUGCAGGUGGAAUGGAAAUUGGUUUGGUUGUACUUGUAUGGCAUUUUAGAUGGAGGAAUUACAAAGAAAGACAUGUCUUCAUGUUCACAACAUAAUAUAUUUAAUACGGUUAAGAUUUAAAGCUGGCCUCCUUAUCUUAUAUGAAUAAUGAUGAAUCUAAUUCCGAACUCCCGAUUACGACUUAUGGACUAGCCAAUCUUCUCCUUAGAAUGGAGAAAUUGGUGUCGCAAUCCGUUUUUGUUGUGGAAAAUAAUGUUAUAUCUCCUCUAUACCUUAGUUUGGCACUGCUGUAGGUUUUGCAGAAGUAGUCAAAAUGAGUGUUUGGCUGUAAAACUAUUAGAAGUGCUUUUUAAUAUAAGAGGUUGUGUAAA